UGAAGGGAUGUUGUUUUGUGAACGACACACACACACACACACACACACACAGAAAGAGGGAGAGGGAGAGAGGGAGAGCGAGGACCAAAUCACCUCUUGCUUUCCCUCAUGUGCGCAGUGCUCCGGCCGGGCCGCUCCUUGCUUCCUCCCUCUCCUCCAUCACUUCCACCCCCCACAGCUGGCUCGCUCCUGUCGGAUGCUGGGAGCCGUCAUCUUCCACAUUUGGACCAAAAAUACCUCUGAGGGCGGAAUGACCGACUGCCUUUUUUGCAUGGUCUGAAUUUUGGAUUCUCACGCCGGAAAGGAGGGGAGUCGAGAGGCGAGAAGAGGCUCUCCAUCCCCCGAGGGAAUUUAUUUUACAGAGUGAUGCCAGUGCCUGAGGUGGUGACUGACACAGCCAGCGCUGCCACCAUGUUGAGCCCCGUCCUCAAUGCCUCCAAUGGAGACGGCUCAGAGUCGGAAACCACCUCUGCCAUCCUGGCCUCUGUCAAGGAACAGGAGUUGCAGUUUGAACGUCUGACCAGGGAGCUGGAAGCCGAACGACAGAUUGUUGCCAGUCAGCUGGAGAGAUGCAAGCUUGGCUCUGAGACUGGAAGCAUGACGAGCAUCAGUUCAGCAGAGGAGAAAUUUCGCUGGAACAACCAAGAUGGACAGAAGGACAUCGAGGAUGAGCUGACAACCGGCCUGGAGUUGGUGGACUCCUGUAUCAGAUCACUCCAGGAAUCGGGCAUCUUGGACUCACAGGACACGUCUACAGGAGAUCGACAAGGACUUCUUUCUCACAGUGCUUUGCAGCUCAACAACCAGGAUGCCUAUGCAGCUGCUGGUUACCACAGCAACCAAGCUCUGGCGCUGGGUGAAGUGGUGACGGGUCGUAGCGGACAUGUUGGCGGAGCUGUUCACAGCUACAACCAGGUGACAUCCAGUCGGGCAGCUGCCCAGUUGGUGGGGACAGAGAGAGACUCUCAGAGAGACUCGUACGCCCAGCAGGCCCAUGGAAGCGCCUUCCACAUGCCCAGUGAGGGUGGAUCUGCACCUGUUGGACCAUCUAUGUAUUACUCCUGUGCAACCUUGCCUGCACAGCGCGUCAGCUCCCCUCUGCAGGCAGUGGGAUCUCCAACCAAGCUGCAGCGCCUGGGUUCAGCCUCCUCCGACAUGCCCAGCUAUGCCACACUACAGCGGGUGUCAUCGCCCAAGCAGUCCCCUAGUCGUCUGGCCAAGUCCUACAGCACCUCAUCACCCAUCAACAUGGUAGCGUCAGGCGCCGGCGGCCCAUCCUCCCCGCUGUCCAUGGCAGCCUCCACUGGAGGUAACCUCACCUCAUCGCCCAUCCACCAGCUGAGCUCGGCAGUGGGCAGCUACGCCACCUUGUCGCCCACCAAGCGCAUGCUGCAUCACAUCGGAGGAGACACCUACAAGAUUUCCCAUGAGCUGUACGCUAACGCCACCCUGAAAAGGCCCGGUAGCCUGGCAGGUAGAGGCUCCAGAGGUUCCUACAGCAGCCAGCAUAGUCAUCUUGGCUCGGAGUUGCGACCUCUGCAGUCUCCGGAGCAUCACAUCGACCCCAUCUACGAAGACAGAGUCUACACCAAGCCCAAUUUACGAGGACAAGUGGUCAACCAGUUGUACCAAGAGGUCCUCAACUAUCUGCUCUGUCCCUACACUUUAGCCCCGCCUUCCCCCGGUGUCGAUCCAAUCCCCUUGCAGCGAACGGGAAGCCAGAGCGCCGCUUCCACCUUCCAGAGAGGCAGCUUCGCCACAGGAAGCGGGCCUGAUUACAGCAACCCCUACCGCACCUUGCAGUUCUGCCCAUCCACCGACUCGCCUUACAGCAAGUCGGGCCCCGCCCUUCCCCCGGAGGCAGCCCUGGGAAGGUCUCCAUCUGUGGACAGCAUCCAGAAGGACCCAAGGUACGACCCCGAAUUCCUUGUGUGGAAUCAAAAUCACGCCGAGCAAAGAAUGACAAAGGAGUUUGGUUGGAGAGAUCCAGAGCUGCCGGAGGUGAUCCAAAUGUUGCAGCAUCAGUUCCCAUCGGUCCAGUCAAACGCUGCCGCCUACCUCCAGCACCUCUGCUUUGGAGACAACAAGAUCAAGUCUGAGAUUCGGCAACAGGGAGGCAUCCAGCUCCUGGUGGACCUGCUGGACCACCGCAUGACUGACGUACACCGCAGCGCCUGUGGAGCUCUGCGAAACCUCGUCUACGGGAAGGCCAAUGAUGACAACAAGAUCGCACUUAAGAACUGCGGAGGAAUUCCGGCUCUGGUCCGACUACUCCGGAAGACCACAGAUGUGGAGAUCCGUGAGCUCCUAACAGGUGUUUUAUGGAACCUCUCAUCAUGUGACGCCCUGAAGAUGCCUAUCAUCCAGGAUGCCCUGGCUGUUCUGACUAAUGCUGUGAUCAUCCCCCACUCCGGCUGGGACACUUCUCCCCACACACAAGAAGACCGCAAAUUGCAUCUUCACUCCUCCCAAGUCCUCCGCAAUGCCACCGGCUGCCUCCGCAAUGUGAGUUCAGCAGGUGAGGAGGCCCGCAGGAGGAUGAGAGAGUGUGAGGGUCUGACAGACGCUUUUCUCUACGUCAUCCAGACCGCCCUCGGGAGCAGUGAGAUUGACAGCAAGACUGUUGAGAACUGCGUGUGCAUCCUGAGGAACUUGUCGUACCGUCUGGCGGCAGAGACGUCUCACAACCAACAAGGGGGGUCUGAGGAGCUUGAUGGUCUGUUAUGUGACACAGGCGGGAAGGAUGCCGAGAGUUCAGGAUGCUGGGGCAAGAAGAAGAAGAAAAAGAAGGGGCAUGACCAGUGGGAUGGUGUCGGCCCAUUUCCAGACUUGGCAGAGUCUCCAAAAGGCAUCCAGAUGUUGUGGCAUCCCAGUAUUGUCAAGCCCUACCUCACCCUGCUGUCCGAAUGCUCCAACCCAGACACCCUGGAGGGAGCAGCUGGUGCUCUUCAAAACCUUGCUGCCGGGAGUUGGAAGUGGUCGGUGUAUAUUCGGGCUGCGGUGCGUAAGGAGAAGGGCCUGCCUAUCCUCGUGGAGCUACUGAGGAUAGACAAUGACCGGGUGGUUUGUGCCAUCGCCACCGCCUUGAGGAACAUGGCUCUGGACAUCAGAAACAAGGAACUCAUUGGUAAAUAUGCCAUGAGGGACCUGGUGCACCGCUUGCCCGGCGGCAGCACCAACAACAGCAGCAGCAACGGUGGAGGAAGCGGCGGUGGGGGCGCCAACAGCUGCGGUCUGGUGGGAAAAACCAUGUCGGAUGACACGAUCACAGCGAUCUGCUGCGCCCUGCAUGAGGUCAUCACCAAAAACAUGGAGAACACCAAGGCCCUGAGGGAUGCUGGCGGCAUUGAGAAGCUCAUCGGUGUUGCCCGCAGCAAAGGUGACAAAAUUCCCAGGCAUAGUCCCAAAGUGGUGAAAGCGGCAUCUCAAGUUCUGAACAGCAUGUGGCAGUACCGAGACCUACGCAGCCUUUACAAAAAGGAUGGAUAUUCCCAAUAUCAUUUUAUUGGCUCUUCUUCCACAAUAGAGAGGGACAGACAGCGGCCUUAUUCUUCCUCUCGUACGCCAUCCAUCUCUCCUGUACGGACCUCGCCAAACAAUCGAUCAGCAAGUGCACCUGCUUCACCACGGGACAUGAUGGCGUUGAAGGAGAGGAAGGCAGACUACGAGCUGAGCGGUAACGCCACUUACCGCGGCAACAAGGGUGAACACACAUCCCGCAAGGACGCCACAAUGGGUGGUGGUUCUUCAACUCUGCACAGAGGAGCGUAUGUGUCACCGACUGAUGAUUUGAAGUAUAAUCAGGUCUCAUCUCAAGGAUUGCCUUCAGAGCCCUACCCGCCUUUCCAAAACCCUCCCCCGCCCGACAGCAACUAUGAGGACCAGGCCUUCUAUGAGAACCAGGUUCACGCGGGAGGACGCCCCCCUCAGGCUGAUCUCAACAUGCACUUGCAGGGCCUGAAAUCCACAGGCAACUACGUAGACUUCUACUCGGCCUCUCGGCCCUACAGCGAGCUCAACUAUGAGACCAGUCACUAUCCAGCCUCACCAGACUCCUGGGUUUGAGGGGAGGUGAGGGCGGAGGAGCAGACGAGGAGGAAACGUAGUUCAAAAGUAGAAAAGAUACACCCUACACCCCUCCUUUUUCAUAACUUCUAGUUCCCACGUAGCAUCUUAGGUAGCGGGACAUGGGGACCAAAAUAGGAUGCAUAUGAGGAAUGGACACUAAACUCCUCCCCAGUGACUUUAAAAAGGAGGCAAGGAAAGGAACCAGAGGGAAGCGGAGAGGAGGAGGCCUUGCAUGUGCAUGCACUCCACCAAACACCUGACAAGAGACAUUUUCUGACCAUGUUCAGCUCAGCAGAUUGAAAGCGAAAGACGAGAACGUGAGAGGGGCAGGUGGAGAAGAUGCGGAGGGCGAGGCGGAUGAGUAAGAAGGUGGCAAAGCAUGAAAGAUGUUGCAAAGUGUACGGAAGGCUGCUGUUUGUACAUAUGUGAUAUAGCGACACGGCUUUUAGCAACGCGAAGCACAAGAAGCUGUAGGACAUUUAGGAUGUGUGAUACACAAACUCGGCUUCUCUCUGUGGCUCCGGCACGAUGUAGGGGAAAGUCUGCUUCUGGACGUUGUCAUUUGAAACAUUAGAACUUUUUUCUGUUGCUUUUUUUUGUGUUUAUUUUUUAAAUUCUCGGUUGUAUAGUAUAUUUGAUGUACACUGUACAUUUACUGGCAAUGCAUUGUGUAUUUGAACUAUUAUCUGUGUGCAGCCUUCACAUGGGCCCGGAUCACCUUUUCACAGUCACUAUAUUCUAUACACCCACACACGCACACACACGCACACACACGAACACACACAGUACAAAGCAUACAUUAGGAUGAGUCACAUUGACUGCCUUACAUAUGAAGUAGAUACUAUACAACAGUACAUACAGUACGCCUCAUUUAUAUAAAUAUAUAUCACUUUGUGACAGGUUUUAGGUAAAUAAAUGACUUAAAUGAUACUUUUACACAUAGUUAAGUCCACAAUUACUCAUACCCGGGCCAAUUUUUGUGCAUAAGUGAAUUUUUAUAGUAUAUUCUAACUUGAAAUGACAAGAAAGAGGCAGAACACUGAAAUGCAUUGUGGUGAGAGUUUUUAACUCCCAUUUUUUGUGCUUUUUUUCUUCACUAGUUCAAUUCUAGAAUUACUCAGAUUAUCAUAAAAGUGUCUAUUUUUGAUACUCUGAUCCUUCCUCACCCACGGUGCAACCAAAAAUAACUAGAGAUGCCCGAUACCGAUAACUUUCUGCUUCCCAAGACCGAUAUGGUACCGAUAACCGCCAACUUUUUUUAUAUCUACUUUUAACAUUCCGAUUUAAGUGUAGUUUGUGCACACCUGGAGGUAAGAAGGACUGGAACAAAUUAGGACUUGACCAACUGUACCUGUAGAUUUGUCUUCAUCAAAAUGACAUGACUACUACUACAUCACGACUAUCAGGGGAACCAGAGUAUAAAGGGGAGGGAGCCACCUGCCGUGGCCAAGCAAGAUGCACUGUAUUCGGGCACAGGCUCAAAGCAGCCGGUGUGAGGCCAUGGAAGUCUCUGGCAAACUCUUUGCGCUUUUCCGGUGGCUGAUUUGGUUUUUGGUGUGCAAUGCAAGUAAAAUGUACAGCAUACAUGCACCACUGUUGGAAAGCCCACAUAUUUAGGCCUCACUGGUAACGUUUUUCGUCACUCGUUGAGAUUUCGCACUUUGUUCUGCGGUCCUUGAAUGCACCGUUGUAGUGUGCUGUGGCUGGCUACACCGUUAAAUGCAUUACGUGUGUGAGGCAAAUGUAGGGAUGAAACCCGGAUUGUGUCGCAAAUGAACAAUGGCAAUUGAAGAGAGAAGGGGAAAGGUAAUUUAAUAAGUCACUUUUUUUUUUUUGCAAAUGAUCCUAAAUCGGAGGGGAAUGUCAACAUCAAGGUAACAGGCGGGUGUCAAAAAUAGACAUUUUUAUGGGGGCAUUGAUUACUCACAGUUUUUUGUCCUUUGCUGUUGAUCCCGGGAACGCAAUCACCGCAAAAAGCGUGGAGUUACCGCAUAGAACAGAUGUUUUCAUAUCUGUGACACAACUUUGUCGUCUUCUUUUGCCGCUUUCGUCACUUCCGGCCAGAACGAACCCCAAAUUUGGCCCGUGUAUGAAUGAUUUAGGGUUUGACGGUAUGUGCUGACAAGAGCGAGACAUCCCUUGUGCUUACUGUAAAAUGUAACGUGUGAUUCCUAUUUAGCUGCUACUCACUCGUUUAUGUCGUGGAAAUGAUGACACGUCAAUGUAGCUUUAUCCCGACGCACCCAGAGAGUUGGACCGUGCCGUUGGGUAUUAUGUCAUCCACGUCUUCACCGAUUUACAGAACAAUUAAGUUGAAACAGGGUGAAGAGCAACUUCGACCCAAUGUUCCGGGAUUUUUUUUUUUUUUUAAAGACAUAUUUUCUCAUGAACGCCACAAAGCUCGUUUUAGUUCCAGUGAUCUCUCAGUGUGUAUAUAAACAGUGCCAAACGAGGGUUUAUACCAUCCCACAUAAGGGUCCAGUUGGAGCAUCCUUGUGGUUUUAAUGUUGCCACUUUGUAAAUGCUUAGUUUUUGUUGGGUUUUUUUGAUUUUUUCUAAAUUGUGUACUACUCAGAUGAAAGUUGUGUAACUGCACUGGGACCAGAGAGAAUUCUAAAAAAAAAACAACAAAAAAAACAACAACAAAUAAAAUGAAACAAUUCUAUUAAAACAAAAGAAAAGGCAAGAAAAAUGUACAAAAUUAGUUUAUUUCUGUGUUGUAAAAUAAUCCAUGUUUGAAGUACGAGGAAGCUUUUAUGAGAAACGACUGCAAUGACUUCACGGUAGACAAAAAACUGUUCAUAGAGUAUGGAUAUAUAUUAUAUGAAUAGAAAUAUAUACUUUUUAUGUGCAGCACAACAUAAUGUAGGAAUUUUCUUCAUUUAUACAUUCUGGUCAACACACUGAAUUGUGGACUUUUGUGCGGUGCUGUUGUUUGCUAUGUGGAGUAGAGUAGAUCAGGGCCUGCGGAUCCACCUUCGAAACACCCACAAUCCCAACAUGUCUGUACCGUAUCAGAGAAUUACUCCUUCAAAGUGUUCCCUCUGCAUGAAACAAUCGGAUUCAAUUGACGAAAACGCAACCACGGAUGCAUGAGUCAAGCUGAUGCUAAAUUGUGAUUUCUUUUUUACAAAGAGACUGUGUUUCCCUAGUCAGUGUUUUUUUUUUUUUUAGGCCUAGAAGUUCUUGAAAAAACACAAACACUGUAUUUGUAAGCAGUCCUCUUGACAGCUUUGUAUGUGUCCUUGUGAUCCUGCGGCAGUAAAAGCGACGGGAAGACUUAAGAGCUACGACACUGGUGGUUUAUGAAGCAAACGUGUUUCAAGGAGAAUUGUGAAACUUUAUAUCGCCUCAAACUGAUUGCAACUGCUCCGAAAAUAUAAACGGUCCACUGAAGAACUAUGGAAUUUGUUUGUUUUGUUGCUAAGUCUGUUUUCAAUGUUUUGAAUGUCGCAUUGAAGAAUGACUGAUCAAGUGGGGACGGUGGAUUUUUAAAUGUUUUGAUUUUGUAAAUAAAACAAAUUGUGCGGCCAA